AUCAGAUUAAGGACAGGAGACAAUCAGUUCCAAAGCAAGUCACCACCUAAUACCGAAGACGUCUUCGAGCCGACAAGUGGACACGGCAGAGGACAUCAUCUCACCAGCGCAGGCAAAUGUAUCUCUAAAACACAGUGGAGCUUUGGAGGGGGGAACACAUCAAAAGAGGGCAAGAUGGCCCAGGAUAUGACUGAGAAAGAGCUCCUAAAGAUGGAAAUAGACCAGCUGAAAAAGGAAGUGAAGCUUGAAAGACAAAUGGUCUCGAAGACAGCAAAAGAACUCAAGGAUUAUAUAGAAUCCAUGGCUGGAGAAGACCCUCUCUUAAAAGGUGUUCCAGAAGACAAAAACCCAUUCAAGGAGAAGGGAGGCUGUAUAAUAAGCUGACCCCGGCCCUGCCGAAAGAAGAUCAUUGUUGUGUCCUUGUACGAGAAAUACCAGGACUGUAAGAAUCUGUCUAGAGUAACUGAGUGUAAAUGAUCUUCUGCCGGGGGGGCGGGGGUAGGACUCCUUUGUUGGAGUUUCACAUAGAACAAAAGAAUUGGAAAGUGGUCUCCUCCAAAAGAAAAAAGGAAGACGACAAUCUCUCUUUUAGGACCUCACGUUCAAUUCCUUGGGUUGCUUCGAGAGGAAGGAUGGGAUAUAAAUUGAAUAAAUAAAAUAAAUUCCCAUUUUGUAAAUACAUCACCAGUUUCCCAGAGAAGCCUGGUUUUAAUUGCUGGUUUAGUUUUUUGAGUUCGAUUGGGAUAUUAUUUUGUAUGUGUUUCGUUGUUGUUUUUUACUAGCUUCCCAAGAGAAAAAUGUAGGCAAAGGAAAGUAUUCUUCGUGUAGGAUGCUUCUUCUUAAGAAGCGAGUGUCUUUUACAGCUGGGGUGGGGGAUCUGAAGCCCUUGGCCUAACUUCAUGUAACUUGCAGAGAUGGGAUAGCAGAGAGAGACAGAGAGAGCAAUGAAAUCCUGUAGUGCUUCAAACUCCGCCCACUUCUGGCCAUGACUCCCCCCACCAUUGGCUGCACCCUCCCAGUGACUUUUUUCCUGUGGGUCAAUUGCCCUUUCUGGGGGGGGGGGGAGGGUCCUCCACACAUUUACAGAUUUUAUAACCCACAUCUGUGACAUAAGGGGUUCUGUGCACACCGUACGUUUAAAGCACUUUCAAAACCCAAAGAGAAGAGUUUCAGCAGUUGUGUGCUUAGUCCUUCCCCCUCCGAACACUUUUCUGUGUCAAGUCAUACACACACCUCCUUUUUUCUCUUCAUGAGUUUCUUGAGUUUCACUGUCUUUAUGACAUCUGCACAGUACGAGCUCGAACCAGCUUCAGGAGGGGGCAAUUUGAAAAAGAAAAAUGCUCCAAGGUGUGUUUGCCUAAUCCUUUCCCCUCCGGCCAUUUCUUUCUUCCAAACCACCCCACAGAAGCUUUUUCCCGUUCUUGAGUUUUCAGAGCCUCCUGGCUAUAGAGCUUUUAUAACAGCUGUAGGAGUCUAACGCUGAACAGUUGGCCAGCUUUUAUUCUUACUUUCCUACCCUUGCUUCAGGUGGGAUGUCAUAUAUGGAGUGAGACAAAUGAAUAUUAACACUGAGCACAUUAACCAAGAGAUGAAACAACACAGCCCCCGCCUAUUGUCCAUAAUUAUCGUCGAAGAUUAAUAAUUGCCAUCGCUUUUUCUAAAAGUAAUGAGGCUUAUUCUUUACACAGCAUCACCAUAUAUAAUUGUCUUGUAAAAUAACGAUAGCGUUACAAGUCAGGUUUUGAAUUGUCAGUUGUAUUGUGGAGUGCAAAAUACAAUAACCUAAUUGUUUGUAAUUAAAAACGCAGAUCUUUGUG